UUUUCUUUUUCACUUAGAUUGGUUUUAUGGAUGAACUUAAAUUAUAAUUUAUAACCUGUAUUAUAAAUUAUAGAUUUGGAUAGAUUUCUAUAUUUUGUUUGUCACAAUUUUAUAAAUGUGGUAUUUAUAACUGAUGUAUACAAAUGAAAAACUUACAAAAAUGUUGAAAUAUUAACAAAAUAUAAUACUAUUACCCUUCAUAUUACUUACACUAAUACACUUCAUAGUUCAUAUUUAACCGACAUUAAUACACUUUAUAGUGUUAUAAUUUUACAAAAUAAAAAAAAUAUAUUAUUUUUAAAAAAUGUUUUCAUAAAUAUAAUAAAUAGGUGAAAUAUUUACAUAAUAAUAUUAUUUUUAAAUAUUUUAGGUUGAUUUCCUUUUCAUCUUUUUGACUCUACCUCUGUGAUUUUUGUUAGGUUGUUCAAGAUUAUGGACAAACAAUCAAAGUUUAGAAAAUUAACAAAAUCUAAAUGGAUUGUUUGGAGGCAAUAGAUUGUUGAAGAUAUAGUUGGCGAAAUAUUUUUGGCAUUUUUUUUUUACUAUAUUUUGUAAAAGAACAUUAUUUUAAUUUGCAUAGUUUAUUAUCUUAACUCUUGUAAAAUAAAAAAUAAAAAAUAGAGCCGGAUCGCUCCUCUUCUUCUUCUGCCAUUUCCGUACUUCGGAUAAAGAGCCCAAAAACCUCCAUUCUCAACGUCCAAGUUUGGCUCCAAUGGAUGCUCUUACACUCUUCUCCCCUUCUUCUUCUUCUUCUUCUUUUUCUUCUUCAAUUCAUUCUUCUCUUAAGUCUCAUAAUAAUCUGUUUCUUCUUCGAAAUGGCUCUCGCUCUUUCUCUGAUUUUCCGAAUGUAUGCUCUUCGUUUCCCACUCUCAACCUUCCAACUCGUUUCUCUAGAAAAUCCAUCAUUCUCGCAGCUAAGAAGACCAACGCUAAGCCUAACAAGGACGACGGUCACCGCUCCCUUCCCAAACCCGACGAGUCUAUCGGCUUCUUCCCCGAAGCUGUUCUACUCAAGGAGAAAAAAGUUGCAGAAGAUGGUCAAUUUCUUCCCGAAUUUGCAGAUGCGGAAGAAGAAAAGCUUUAUGAAUAUUUAAACCUCCAGUUGGAAAGUGAAUCGAAAGUUGAACAAAUGCGUCACUAUGAGGUAGUCUUUUUAAUUCACGAGAAGAAUGCAGAAGAGGUCGAGAGUGUAAUUGAGAAAGUUCAAGGUUUUCUUAGGGAGAAGAAAGGGAAGGUGUGGAGACUGAGUGACUGGGGAAUGCGAAGAUUAGCGUACAAGAUAAAGAAAGCCAAAUAUGCACAUUACAUAUUGAUGAAUUUUGAACUGGAGGCCAAAUGGAUUAAUGAAUUUAAGAGCAUGUUAGAUAUGGAUGAAAGAGUAAUUCGUCAUCUUGUGAUUAAGAGGGAUACUGCCAUCACCGAAGAUUGUCCUCCCCCUCCUGAGUUUCACACCCUUCGUGCCGGAGUAGAUGAUGAUGAUGACAAUGAAGAAGAUGACAUGGAUGAUUACAACAGUGCCGAUGAAAUGGAUUGGGAUGAUGAGGAUGAGCUGGAUGAUUAUGACGAUGGUUUUGAUGAUGGGAUUAUCAUUGUUGACAGUGACAAUGACGAUACCAGCAAAAGUACGACUUCCAAAUCAACUGCAACAGGGAACAUAGGCUUGAGAAAUAAAACUAAAAAAUGAAUGGACAGCUUCAAUUUUGGCAGUAGAAGUUGUGGUGAGUUUCAUGGCAUUGGCUUUGAAGUUGGCUAUGAAUGCAUUGAGCUAAUUCUACGAAUCCAUGGUGGCGUUUUGCUUCAUUUCAGGUAUUAAGUUACUGAAACUGCCAUUAUUCUUCCCUGAAUUAUUUGCCCUUUCACAGUUAAAAGGCUUGGAGGUGUUGUAGAUCAUGUCAAAGAACCACAUGCCAACCGAUUUUUUAGUCAUCUUCAUUACCAGUUUUUCUCCGUAGGAACCAAAGGUACAUGUCGAAUCAUUCUUUAUAUCGAUAUUGAAGUCAUGUCAAAUUGUAAGGGAAACAUAGUGGUGAUGUAUGGAUGAGAAAAUUAGGAAUUUUAGUGUCAUAAUAUGGAUGGAAGUAAAAUGAUAAAUACAAUUAGGAAGGUCGUUUUCUACGAGUUGAGCUUGCAAAGUUGGACGUAUUUGUGAGACGGAUCGUAGUUCUCAAUUAUUAAUAUUCUGGUCGAUGUUAAUUACAUUAAUAUUGCUUUUGCUA